CCCGCCGAAGGCGGGGAUGCUAAACCCGAAGGUGCCGUGGCCCCCAAGGACACCCCCAAGAAGAAGAAGAAGUUCUCCUUCAAGAAAUCGUUCAAGCUGAGCGGGAUCUCGUUUAGGAAGAACAAGAAAGAAGCCGGGGACUCCUCCGGGUCCUCUCCCACGGAGGACCAAGGCAAGGCAGAGGCCAAGGGAGAGGAGAACCCCGCUUGCUCGGCCAGCGGGACGGAGCCCUCGGCUCCCCCCGAGGAGGGGACGGCGGAGGAGCAGAGCAGCCCUGCGGCUGAUGGGCAGCAGGGAGCUGAGCCCAAGAGGGAGGACGCAGAAGCAGGGGAAGGAAAGGAGGAGGAGAAGCAGCAGGCAGGGGAAAGCCACGGGGAUACAGCCAAACCAGAGGAGCCCUCAAAACCCGCGGGGCCCGAACCUGCGACAACUCCGGCGGCGGCGGAGCAGAAGGAAGAGUAG